UAACAAACAUCAACAACAACUUUCUUUUCUCAGCUACCUGCAUUACCGAAUCCAAAAUAAUAGAAACAAGACAAAUACCUAUUGCCAGGUUAUCGGCUUAGACAAACACAAUAGUUUUUAACCUGAACUGAAAUCUGAAAGUGUAAAAAUUCAAAUGUUCAGAAUGAUCUGAUCACACUGUUACUGGUAGCUUUAAGUAAUCGCCUGUUUAGAUAUGUUAUGACUGGGAUUUAUAUUCUGAAGAGCUUUUCAAAAUGACAUAUUUAUCGUGGUAUUGUGUGUUGCUGUCUUCGAUGAUUACUGGACUUGGAGUAGUUAGUUGUCUAGACCUUCACAAAUUUACCUCUACAAAGCCAUUAACAAGACUUUCAUUUGAUCCAAAUGCAGGUAAACUCUUUGUUGGGGGUGAAAAUAUUAUUUAUCAGUUAGAUGAAAACUUGAGUCAAAAAGACAAAGCAAAGGAGACUAAAGUGAUUGGUCCUCGGUUUCAUUCUGAUAAAUGCUUUCCUGAUCCAGUGAGCUGUCCUGGAAAUAGAGCAUACAAAGCAAAUAUUGUGAAGAUAUUAAUUGUUAACAGUGUUCACAAGUAUGCAUUAGCAUGUGGCUCGAUACAACAAGGAGUCUGUAUGGUAUAUCCUUACGAUGACAUGGAAAAUCCUUUAGAAUUUGAUGAUGUAACGGAUCACGCUACUUAUCUUGGUAGCGAAGCAUCUUCCUUUGCAUUUUUUGGAACCCCACCAACUUAUAUUAAUUCUUCAAACAGACUAGUUUAUGCUGCUAUUGCUACAAAUGAUCGUAUUGACGCGCGCUUUUCGCCAAAGACAAUCUCAACAAGGGAAGUGAUUUAUAACAGUACACAUCGGCAAAUGCAGUACUUUUAUGAUAAUGUUAAUCUCAAUGAACACAGUUAUAUCAAUGUAUUUCCCUCGAGCCAAUCAAGAUUCCGAGCAAAGUACAUAUAUGGAUUUGAAAAUGGGGGAUAUGGCUAUUUUGUAUCCAUUCAACCAAUAGACCCUGAUCUAUCCAAAACAACUUACCACACUAAAUUAGUACAGUUCUGUCUGGAUGACAAUCAGUACAAAACCUACAUUGAAACAACCUUAAAAUGUGGAGACAGUCAAGAUUACACCAUUGCCACAGCAGCCUUUGCUGAAAAAAGUGAAACUGACAGCACCUUAGCCAUCAGUUUUGUGCGACCUUUACGGUCGGGAUCUCUUGACAUAGAUCCAGCAUUUGGGACAAGAAUAUGUAAUUUUUCCAUGAAGGAAGUGAGGUCCCACUUUGUUGAGUUGAGGGAGAUGUGCUCCGAGGGUGUGGCUGGGUUUUAUCCCUGGUGGAUUCAAGGCUCAAUACAGAGCUGUCAGGCACAGCUUGGUGGACCAUUCACAGACACAUCGUACUGUGCAUAUGACAAACGCCAAACAAAGGCUGUGGCUGGGGACCCGAAUGCUGAAAACUCAGUGCUGUCAGCCACGGCGGACAUCUGUGUGGAUGAGGUUGUUACUUCGCUUAUCCUCACAGUGCAGCUGAACCAUCCUAUAGCAGUGCUAGGGACAUCCGACGGACACAUGAUGAAGGUAAAUCAGAAGUCCAGCAUGAAAGGUGGCUCAUGUAUAAACAACUCUGCCUACAUGAAGUACAAGAUUGGCAAUGAGUCCAUACUGCAGGAUAUGGCCCUCAGCUCGGACCUGGAGUUUGCGUUUGUCCUAACAAAUACAUCAGUGGUAAAGUUUCCACUGCAGUCGUGUGCAGUGUACAGUGAGUGUUCCUCAUGCGUUAAAUCCAAGGAUCCUAUUGGCUGUGGAUGGUGCAAGGACAAGUGCACUAGGAAGGAUAACUGCACCGCUGAUAACUGGUCACACAACACAUGCCAGCCAUACAUAUCCUGGGUGAGCCCAAACUCAGGCCCUAUCCAGGGUGGCACUCUCAUCACUAUAACUGGUAACAAUUUUGGGCUCCUCACACCCAAGGUCACCAUCGGGGAUGAGACCCGGAUAUGUCAGGUUGAUACACAGAACAACAAAAACACCAACUUGAAGUGCACAUCACCGCAGACAGAAGUGGAAGUGAGUUAUCCCAUCACCAUCACUGUAAAUGAUACACAAUCCCUCCCAUACAUCGUCCAGGGAACCGCUUCAUCGGAGGAACCAUUUGAGUACAAGACUCCGAGUGUUGCCAGUGUGUUCCCACUGAUGGGUCCUGUGUCAGGGGGGACAAAUGUUGUAAUCAGGGGGAACAACUUCCACAUUGGGGAUAAGCAGGAAGUUUCCAUAGGAAUCACAUCUUGUGAUGUCAUCAGCCUGAAUAGGACUGUGAUAGUGUGCCAAACUCGGCCAGCCCCUACUUUACUGGACUCCACCAGGAGACAGAGGCGGGCAGUACGGAAGAGUUUUGUGAUUGUCACAAUAGAUGGGGCCAUCCUCAACAGCCCUGAGCCCUUUGAGUACCGGGCUGACUCCACAGUAACUAAGGUCUCUCCUCCCUUCACCAUACAGAAUGGGGGAACUAAGCUUUUUAUAGAGGGUACCAAUCUGCAUAUUGUCCAGAAUCCAAGGAUUGGGGUCAUCACACCAAAUGGCAAAGUAGCUUAUGAUGAUUGUAAGGCGGAUGUAAAGUAUGGGGGAAUGAACAUGACGUGCAGCACUCCGAACAUCAUGCCUCUUAUGUCAUCCCUGGACCAGAGUAGUGUACACGAUGUAGGAAUGUUUCUGCUUAUGGACGGGAUUGAGGAACUAAAAACAACCAAGUACAGGUUAAUCUACAACCCCAACCCAGAAGUGUCCAAGUUUGAGAACAAGGAUCACGUGGUAGAGUUUGACACAACUGAUAGUCUGCUCACUAUUACGGGUAAGAACCUUCCGCGAGGUGUGACCAUGGAUGACUACAAGGUGUACAUUGGAGAUGAAUUGUGCAACAUGACCUUGCUUCGCAGUGCCUACCUUCAGUGUAAGCCUCAGAAGCCAGCCUCUCUUGAAGGCAAGGGACCUAAACUGCCUGUGAUGGUUCACAUUGGAAAGUACCUUAAGUUCUCGCCGGGUGAGCUGAUCUUUGUGGCGCCAGAGGUGAUCCAGGGGGCUCUGAACAUAGGAAUCAUCAUCCUUAUUGUACUUCUCAUCCUCAUUAUCAUUGCCAGCAUCGUGGUAGUGGUGAUAAUGAAGAAGCGUCAUCUGUGCUGUUGGAAAGACAAGAACGCACGGGCGAUCCACUACCUUGGAGGGACCGACCCAAGACUGGACGCGGAGGGACAGCUGCUUAUGGACCAAAACAGGCGCAAUGACUAUGAGGAGCAAGGUCGUGGGGCGGAAACAGCUGGGGCUUCUGCCUACAGCACAGGCAUUGAUGAGGAGACCAGAAUACUGCUGCAGGAUCAGCACCUGCUCAUAGAGAGACAGUACCUGCAGAUGGGGGAAAUUCUGGGUGCAGGUCACUUUGGAAGUGUGUUCAAGGCGUAUCUUACCAUACCUGAUGAGAAAGGGGACAAUUUGGUGGCUGUGAAAACACUACACCAGAACAGUCCCCGUGAGAUUGACGUGCAGGCCUUUCUGAAGGAAGCCAUUAUUAUGAAGGACUUUAACCACCCCAAUGUUCUCAACCUUAUUGGUAUAUGUCUUGGGAUGGAUGACAUGCCACUGGUAGUAUUGCCCUACAUGAAACAUGGCGACCUUCUCUCUUACAUCAGGAAUGACAGCAAUAACCCUACAAUUAAGGACCUGAUCACCUUUGGCAUAGACAUAACAGAGGGAAUGACAUACUUAGCCGGGCUGAAGUUUGUCCACAGGGACCUUGCCUGCAGAAACUGCAUGUUGGAUGAAGACUUCCAUGUAAAGGUGGCAGACUUUGGCCUGUCCAGGGACAUUUACGAGAAGGAUUACUACGCCAGUGAGAACAAGAAAACCAUGCUUCCUGUGAAGUGGAUGGCCCUGGAGUGUCUCGAGAAGGGGAAAUACUCCUCCAAGUCUGAUGUGUGGUCGUUCGGUAUCGUGUUGUGGGAGCUGAUGACCCGAGGGGUGAACCCGUAUCCAGAGGUCGAUAACUGGGACAUUGUUCGCUACCUGAAACAUGGCCGCCGCAUGCCACAGCCACAAUACUGUCCUGAUGAACUGUACAACAUAAUGCGGAAGUGUUGGCAUCCGGACCCUCGAAAGCGCCCAGAGUUUAGCCAGCUGUCCUACGAGAUUAGUGAAAUGAUCAACAUGCUAGAACAGGCCAUGAAGCAGGGCGAGCACACUGCUGAUAUACAGACGACCUAUGUCAACCUUGAGAACUGUACAGAUUACCACUACACAGAUGAGCUGAUGCCUCCAGGUUCACCAACCUCCGACAAGACAGACUCCCCCCCGACCUCACCCAAGUCCCCUGUCCCCUCUACACAACCACAGGCAGCUACUGGAACAUCAGCAGACCUUCCUCAGAAAUCCAACAGCUCUCCAGCACAGCAAAAGCACAAACCAAAACCAGUUCCUUUACCUAAACCAAAACUACCAGGUCAAGCACCAGAUUCAAAGGAAGCAAAGGAAACAAUGAACCCAAAGAUAUGAAUGGAGCAGCAGGAAAAGCUGGACAGGGGGACAUGGAGAAGGAAACUGAGAGUUCUCCAAUGAUUCAGGACAAGGGUAGUGUAGGAAAAGGUGAAUCUGUAGCAUAACAAUAGGGACCCUCAUCAACAAAUACUUUCAUGCAAUUUAUUUACAUUUUUGAACAUGAAUAUUGCUUACUAGCUGAUAUAAUGUCUCCUUGGUUUUAUUGUUUUAGUUACGCUUUUACACUUUUUGCCAAGAUGUUAUGACUUUGAGUAGACACGCAUGAUGUUUACUAAUAGAAGAUCUCGGAACCUUUUUGAGAUUUUUUGAAAUACCUUCCAGAAUUGUUGAGAAAUCAGAUUGACUAUAAACUAAAGCUCUUUUUCUGUAUGACACAUCCAAAAAAUGGCUGAAAAUGAAUAACAUUUAUUUGAUUUCCAUGAUUCCAAAUUAGGUAAACAAAAAGGAUUCAACUGAAGUUUGACAGUACAAGUUCUUAGAAUUUGUUUUCAAAUGACUUCAUAAUAGUUCUUUACGGUAUUUUUUUCUACAUACAUAAUAUUUAUGGGUUUUUUUCAAACCAUUGUUAGCAAAUUUGAAGCCCUUUAUUGUAUUAAAACUUAAGUAUUAUAGUUUAGAAGAACAUAUGCUGUCUUUUUAAUCAUGUCGUAAAUACGAUGUUUGGCAACACAUGAUGUACCUUUCCUUUGAAAGUUUGAGACGUACACAGCCACAAAUUUACAUAAGUAGUGAGUGCUUCCUUCUUUAUUCCAAAAAAUGACAAGACUAUUGCUCAAAUGUAUAUUGUAUCAUGAAAUAGUUGUUGAAUGAUGAUGGGAAGUUCUUCUACUGCCAUUUAGUCGUAUAUCACUAUAUGGGACAUCUUCGGCUGAUCCACAAAUGCAAUUAUUCAGUGACUGUCAGUUUUCUUCGAUUAAGAAAGAUAAGUUUGAAAUUUAGUGUUGAAAUAUUACAUUUUUGUAGACUAUAUUGUAGAGUUGUCAUUUUAUUUGAAAUGUUACAACACUAAAGCAUUUAUUGCCAUUGUUUGGCAAUAAUUCUUCAAUGUAAGUUGUCAUUAUUAUUAUUAUUAUUAUUAUUAUUAUUUACUUUCCAUGUUACUUGUUGAUUAUGACCAUAUUGUUUUUACAAAUAAAUUUUCAGUAUGUCUUUAAUUUUGUAUUUGACUGACAGAAGGUUCUAAAGCUCUUAAGUAAUGGCAUGAUAAAAUACCUCUGAAAUGAAUGUUUAUAAAUAUAAUGGCUGUAAAUAGAUUCACUAGUGUAGUUCAUAUACCUCUAGUCAUAGUGGACUAUAUAAUUGUCGUAAAUCGGUCUUUCCUUUCCUAUAGAUAUUUAAAAUGGCAGUGAAAGAGUAGCCAAUUGUAUAAACCUGGUUGAUUCUGUAGUUUUAAUAGUAGAAGGUAACCUAAAUGUUUAUUUAUUGGUCGAUAUUUAUCCAAGAAUUUCUUUUAUCCAAUCAAAUCACUUAAACAUGCAAACUAACUAAAGGAUAGCAUGUGGACAACAUAUCAAGGUUAUAUACAAUUGGCUGAAUAUAGAUGAAUAUAGAUAUGAACUUGAUAGAUAAAAAAAUACUAAGAAACUGUAACAAUCUUUUCUUCUUUAUGUACUUGAUUAAAUGUAAUCAAAUAUUAAUCAUAUUCUUUUACUAACUUUUUAAGUGGUAUAUAAUAUUCAUAUAUUAUUCAAUUUUUACUAUUUACAAUUAAUAUUAUAAUAUGUUCUUAGAGUCAUAAAUUUUUUUAUGUGUGUUUCACAGCAAAUUUAAAAUUCAAUGAACAAAACAGAUAUUUUGAAGUGCCUUACACUUACAGUAUAUAAUUAUACUUAAAAGGUGUAGAAUUAAGAAAAUAUACAUAUUAUAUUCAGAAUAAAUAAUGCAUGCAAGGAGAAAUGACAUGACCUCUUGCUGUGAUUUGACCUAGUUGGGUGCAGAGUGCCAUAAGUGCUGACUGUUGUAAGGACACAUACAAUGUACAUGUAUUAUGAUGUAUAUCAAGAAUUAGUCGAGAUGGUUGUAUAACUUCUCGGUAAUGUUGAUUGUUAUACUUUUAUAUUUUAUAUAUUUCAUUCAAUACAUUCCUGUUAUUCUAUUCUUAUACGUUACUAAAAGUUUAUUGUUGACGUUUUUCUACCUAUUGGAAUAUAUUAGAAUUGUAUAAUGAUGUAGAAUUAUUUUUGUCUGAAGUAGUUGUUGUAAAAGUCUUAGAUGUUUAUGAAUUGUUACAUACGUAUGUCUACUGUAAACAAUGGAACCAUCAUAUCAAUGCAAGCAUUAUAUGACCAAUUUUUUCGAAUGAAUAUUUCCAAGUUGUAAUUACAGUUAUUUUGAAACUGUCAAUGGAAUAGUUCAGUUCAUACAAAGUUUAUUGGAUUUUGCAGGUAAAAUUUUCAAUUUGAUUUGUAAACUCAAAAAAUAUCUAAAUGAAGUCUUGAUCUGAUGCCAUUUUGUUGUACACUCAUUGACAUGAAGACCUCCAUAUUCUGUCUGUUGUCAUGCUAGUAUUUGUUGUUCUAUGCAAUUAUAUAUAUACAUAUAUAUUAUAUAUCACCCUUAAACUAAUGGAUUGCAAAUUGAGUACUUGAAAAAAUGUAAGUUUGUCAUGUUAGACACUUAGGGAUUACCUUGUCCAUUUGAACUUUUGAACGUUUUGAUGUAGAGUGUUCAAUAUGUGGUCGAGGUCAAAAGGUGAAUCAGGUCAAAAUAGUUCAAAGGUCAAGGCCAAAGAGACUUUAAAUAAAACAAAUGCUGUGGCUUUUAUUUCCCCUUAAUAAUGUUUGAACGACUUGUUUUGGGGUCAAUAAGUCCAAGGUCAAGUGGUGACCUCACUCGAAAAGGUAUGGGUGCAGAAAUAUUAACUAUAAAAGUAAUUUCUAUGUCACAUCUUGACAUUUAAAAGUGGUAAACAUACUAUACCAGUAAACAUGCAAAUUCAGGGAUGGGUGGGGUGCAUGUGUCCUUACUUCUUUCUAAUUACUAUACAGUAAAUAGUUAAUACUUCAGAGUGGUUGUGAACGAUCUUUCAUGGCAUUACGGCAGAGUAUAACUCAAGGUGCAAUAGCCCAUUUAAACAUGUGUGUUCAUGCGGUUGAAACGUUAUGGUAGAUUUAAAGUAAUGCUUGUGUUCGGGUAUUCUUCAUUUCAUCAGUUGUUGUAUGUGAUGCCAUUGGUUGUAGUUGUAGUUCAAUUGGUAAACAUUGUCUUGAUUGUAACAAAGGUUAGGGGUGGUAUUCAAUUUUGGUCUUCAUUUGGUCUAAGAGUAAGGAAGCGAAUUAGAUUUGUAGUAUAAAUAUCAGAUUGAUGGCAUAAAUUAUGGAUUGGUUGGUAUAAAUAAAAUAUUGGUGGAUUUAAUUAUAACUUGGUUGUAAAAUAAUAGUUUUACACCAUGAUGGGUUGUAUGUUUAAUAUUUGAGUGUGAAGCAUUUGAUUUGGUUGUGAUGUAUUAUGUAAGGUUGUAUAAGUUUUCAUAUAGCUUUAAUUCCAUUUACGAUAUACUGUAUUUCUAACAAUCCAUGAUGAUGUCUUAUUCAUAUUUUGUAGAACUUAGACUUGAUUAAUGUGUUUUUAUCAUUUUAUCAGUAUUUUGUUAAGAUAAGUGUUUACAACUAAGACUAUGCAUUGCACAUUUCGAAUAUGGUAGUUAAUUUGAUGUCACACACAUGAGGUCUUUACGCAAGUAAAUUUACUAUUGAAACAACUCACAUAAUUGAUGUAUCAAUACUUCAACUACCUUAUAUUUUUAGUUGUAAUCUUAAAACUGUAUAUUUCUAGAACAUGGAAUACCUUGUAUUUUAAACAAUUCAAGCUUUGGUCAACAGAUAUAAUGUAUGCAAUCAAAACAAAUUGGAACAAAAGCUGUGGUUGCCAUUGAAACACAAAUCUAUUGAACUUACUGAAUUACUUUUUUUCAGAAUUCAUUGAUAAUGAUAUGUAGAUACACAUAUCAAGAAGCUGGUUUCAAUACAAAAGUACCCACCAUUUCUUGGUUCUACAAGAUAUGAUAACACAUAGUGUUUUUACUGUUAUUAUAGUAUUUUAACAUGAUAUAAACGUAUGCACACUUAUUUCUAUACAUUUUCUGUAUUUCAUAUUGAAUACAAAUUGUUUGAGUAUGUACCCCAAUAUUUUAUAAUAAAAAUUGUAAACACUA